UCCACCCACUGAAGUACAGAGAUAAAUGUUCCUCUGGUCUGGAGGAUCCUCUUCGUUGGCCGGAAUUCUUUGGAGGGAAGAGAGCAGGAAUAAUCCAAGUCCACCACCAUGGCAAAAUGUGGAGAGUGUGGGCCGGGAUAUAAAACCCCCUUGGAUGCAAUGAAAGGGCCACGGGAAGAGAUUGUCUACCUGCCUUGCAUCUACCGAAACACUGGAACAAAAAAACCGGAUUAUUUGGCCACUGUGGAUGUCGACCCCAAAUCCCGGACUUAUUGCCAAGUCAUCCACCGCCUGCCGAUGCCCAACGUUAACGAUGAGCUGCACCAUUCCGGCUGGAAUGCCUGCAGCAGCUGCUUCGGAGACACCACCAAGAAGCGCAACCGUCUCAUUCUUCCCAGCUUGAUCUCGUCCCGGAUUUAUGUGAUCGACACCGGCACCAACCUGAGGGCCCCCAGGAUCCACAAGGUGGUCGAGCCCAUUGACCUCUACUGGAAGUGCAACUUGGCAAAUCCUCACACCUCACAUUGCCUGGGCAAUGGCGAAAUCAUGAUUAGCACCAUGGCUGACCCUUCUGGCAAUGGAAAAGGGGGUUUUGUCCUGCUGGACGGUGAGACCUUUGAGGUGAAGGGCAACUGGGAAAAAGGCAGCAAAGUCCCACCGUUUGGCUACGAUUUCUGGUACCAGCCCAGGCACAACGUCUUGAUGAGCACGGAGUGGGGAACGCCCAAGUGCUUCGCCUACGGGUUCAACCCAGCAGAUUUGGAGAAAGGCUGCUAUGGUGGAAACAUCAACGUGUGGGAUUGGACCACUCAUGAAUUCAUCCAGACCAUCGACGUGGGCAAGAACUCCAUUCCGCUGGAGAUCCGAUUUCUCCACGAUCCGGAUGCAGCCGAGGGGUACAUCGGCUGCGCCCUCAGCAGCGCCGUCCACCGUUUCUACAAGACCCCGGAAGGAACUUGGGCAGAAGAAAAGGUGAUCCAAAUUCCCACCAAGAAGGUCGAAGGAUGGCUUCUCCCGGAAAUGCCAGGUUUGAUCACCGAUAUCCUGAUCUCCCUGGAUGACCGCUUCCUCUACUUCAGCAACUGGCUUCACGGAGACAUCCGUCAAUAUGACAUUUCCGACCGUCGGAAGCCCAAGCUGGUGGGACAGGUGUUUCUGGGAGGAAGCAUUGUCAAAGGGGGCCCCGUCAAAGUGAUCGAUGACCCAGAACUGGACUGCCAGCCGGAUCCAUUCGUCAUCAAGGGCAAGAGAGUUCAAGGUGCCCCACAAAUGAUCCAGCUGAGCCUGGACGGAAAACGGCUGUACGUCAGCACCUCUCUCUACAGCGGAUGGGAUAAGCAGUUCUACCCAGACAUGGUCAAGGAAGGCUCCGUCAUGUUGCAAAUCGAUGUGGAUAGCAAGAAAGGAGGCUUAAAAGUGAACGAAAAGUUCUUAGUGGAUUUCGGGAAAGAGCCAAAUGGGCCAGCGCUGGCCCACGAGAUCCGCUAUCCGGGCGGCGACACCACUUCCGAUAUCUGGAUCUAACGAUCUCCCCGUCUUCGAGCUGUCACGCUAAUAAGUUUUUUCCUUGAGAUGCUACUUCUUCCUCGCCUGCUUCUGUGUGCGGUUCCCUCUAGAUGGGAUAUUCCUUGUUCUGCCACAAGAGGUCGCUCACACCCCCUGCAUCCUCUUUGCUGUGACCAUGUCUUAACCCCAGGACUUUUGAUACAAGAUUUUAAGCAUCUCCCGUGUUCCCAGUUUUGCCCCGCUUUCACUGUUGUGUAGCCAGGGAAUUGCACGUUUUUACCCAGAAGAAAAUAUUUUAGACAAUAAUUUUUCCCACAAUUUUCUCAGGGAAGGCACGAGAGCACAAAGCCCAUGUUUUUCUAUCCUGAGACUCCUGUAGCCGAGGCGCCCCUCGAAAUGCUAUGGGAUUAAAUUAACAAAGCAACUGAUCUGAUCGCUUGUGUGCAGACAGUCCUCGACUUACAACCAUGACCAGCAUUUUCAUGGCUAAGCAAGGAAAUUGUGAAGUGAGCCCUUUUUUCAUCAUGGCAGCUGAGCGAAAUCACUGCAGUUAUUCAAGUCAAUCACGAGCUGAGUCCGACGUCCCGCACUGCUUGUUGGAAGGUCGCAAAUAUCGAUCGCAUGACCCAGGAAGCUGCGGCCGUUGUAACUUCAUAAGUGCGAGGAUCAGUCAUAAGUCCCUUUUCAGCACUUUUGAGUGGUCGUUAAGCAAAUGGUUGUAAGUCGAGCACUAACUGUAUUCCGAGUAAUACAAACUCAUCUCGUGGUUUUUUUGGGCAAAUGUCAAAUCUUUUUAAUUAUGGAACCCAGGGUUGUUUGUGACUUAAUGAGCAAUGGAGCCAUUCUCGGAACAUCUUAGCAUUCCCUCUAGCAUAAUGCUUCAGAAACAGAAUAAUAUAUUUCUUUAUCUUUGCUACUCACGGUUCUUUUAAAAAAAAUAAAAUAAUAAUUUUUCAAAGGG